AUGAGCGUGACAGUCAAGUAAAGUAGAUGUUCGGCAACGUUGCAUAUUUCCAAAUGGCGUAAGAAUUAUUCUUCGCCUCAAACGUGCACUAAUGCUUAUUUACGGGAGAACUUUCAAAUGGACAAGUGAAUCUGAUUGAAGAAAACGCGUAAACAGUGACGUCAUUCGAGCUGCCAGGUUCCACGAAGCUAACAGAAAAGGUAACACGCACACAGGCUCGUAUGAAGAUUGCUAGUCAGUGUGGCGCAUAACCGGAGGCGUGCUGGUCUCGGAUGCAUUAAGACGGUUAAGUGUGACGCGGCAUUAAGCCUUCACGGACAUCAUACUCAUCAACACUGAACUCGCCAACUGGCAAAGCACCAACAUGAACCAAAUGAACGUCGUGGUGUGUCGUGUCCAGGCGGACCGAUCGUCACCCUGCUCGUCCUGGUCAACGCGACGAUGAACGUAAGCUUGAAAAGCAAAAAGCGCGUGGUCCUGCCCAGCAGACCCUCUCCACCCAGCGUGGACCUCAUCCUGGAGGACAUCAGCAGCGCCAAGGCUGACGACCCGGUCUUUACCGUCCUGCAACAUGUACAACCGCCACUGCUGCCACAACAACAAGAAGAGCGGACCUUCUGCCAAUGUCGGUGUCAUGCGGACCUAAAGCGCCAGCUGCAGGAAGUGGAGAUGGUCCUUACAUGCCAGCGGGCCCACCUGAGGGCGGCGGGCCAGCGACUGGACCUCCAUGUGGCGGAGGUCAAAGGUGGACUUUGCUGACUCCUCUGGAGCUGCCGCAUCAACCUGCGAGCCGGAAAUUGAUUGAGGCUGCAAAGGCUGCUUGCGUGAUAUUCCCCCUGCUUCUCAUCACGGUUCGAGGCUCAUUUCAAAAUUCACCUGCAGCGUUAGGAGAGCAAAGGGCGCUGAGACUUCGACACCCAAGAUGAAUGAAAAUUUAUGACAUAAUUGUUUCAAUUGUUAUUCCACAAACACAAAAGAACAUCUCGAGUCUGACCGUGGCGCAUACAAUGUAUUCUUGCAAAUUGAAAAGAAAAAAAAACGGGGGGAAUCCUCCUUCCUGUACUCAAAUACGAUAACUCAAGAAGUUUUAUUGGCCAUGUUUAAGCAUGACAAACGAGGAAUUUGACUUCGGUACAUCUCAGCCUCUGUUCAACAUUUAGGUGACUAACAACACUCAGUACAUAUGCGAAAAUUGACUAAUAUUCUCAAACAUCCCCUGAUCUUAAACUCUCAGGAAAAACUCAAAACUCCUACUAGGGAAAAUGAGAAACCUUGAGAAGAGACCACAGAUGGGAGGAUCCCUCUUCCAGGAUGACCAGGCUGCAAUGGAUGCAGUGGACACAUAGUACAUAUAAUAUAGACAAUUCAAAAUAAAGCGUAGAGAGCAGGAUGUUAUUGCACAGCAAUGUCUCUGAGACUGUGGUGAAUGGUCUUUGUUGUUUCGCUGGUCUCCAAAAACACUCGGACAAUGGCUGGCCCAGGGCAGCACUCCAGUGACACACGGCUGAUUGGAAAAAGAUUUUAUUCAACCGAUGUCAGAGUGAUGUCUCUCCAAAGAUUUGAGUGGCCCCAAAAGCAAAGAUGUUUCAGCCCUCAACAACAAAGAUGUUCGCCCCAAAAAGCCCUAGCGUCUCCCCCAUCAUUUGUACCUCGUAAGACAACAGCUGCGGUCCGAGUCUCACUCUACUACACAAAGUUCACGCUGCGUCCAGUAACUAUAGUUUUUGUAUGCUGAAUGACUUUUUAUUGGGUGAAAACAUGACAAAUCACGUCAACAUCGUCCUACCUAUUUCACACGUUUUUCGCUGUGGCUUGAGCUUGCACGUAAAGGUCUUUUUGUCACAACAACCGACUCACUUUCAAAAAGAAAUUCAACAAGUUGAACUAAAAAGAAUAGCAGCUGGCUAGCUUUGAUUUCCACACGAGUGGAAGAGACUCGACAACCAGAUGUGAAUGCAAUCCGUUGAACACAUACAAACAUUGUACGAGCGGCUUGUACGAGGAAGAUGUGACCUUCGGGGUCUGACCUGAAUACAAACAUUGUACGAGCGGCUUGUACGAGGAAGAUGUGACCUUCGGGGUCUGACCUGAUGUUACCUGUCAAGUUGCUCCCAUGUUAUCUUGCUCCCCGUCUCAAGUUACGACUGUUAUGGUAAAGCGAUUUUGUGUUUUGCGACUGGAGAUUCGUCAGACGCGACUUGUAACUUGCCUGACUGCAAAACUGUUCAAAUUCUCAAUAAAAACGCUGAACGUA